GAGAGACUGACGGAAACAGACGGUUGGGAAAGGAACCGCAUGUUCUUGAUGAUAGAGGAAGAAACGAGGAUUCGUACUCAAUUAGAACGGAUUAUGAAGGCUUUUGGACAGCAGCAAUCCAACGCGCAGACCAGCCCCAUCCAACACCACAGCGCACAGGAGCUCCUGGACAUGGCCGUGUACUGCGAUAACUUCGGCAGCAUGUACCAGCACCAGCAAAACCUCCAUCACAGUCACCACCCGCAGAGGCCGCCGGCUCAUCCUCCAAGCUACGGCCUCGGGGAGUACACCUCGCCGAACACCAACCCGUACCUGUGGCUAAACGGCCCAAGCAUCAACUCGUCUCCAUACCUGACGGGAUCGAAUGGAGCAUCGUACAUACAGUCUGGAUACGGAGCGAACCAGCGGCAGUUCCUGCCCCCUCCCACGGGGUUUGGUGGAGCUGACCUCGGAUGGCUCUCAAUCUCCAGCCAGCAGGAACUCUUCAAGAUGGUUAGACCUCCUUACUCCUACUCAGCGCUGAUUGCCAUGGCUAUCCAGGGCGCCGGGGACAAGAGGUUGACGCUGAGUCACAUCUAUCAGUAUGUGGCAGAGAAUUUUCCGUUUUAUAAGAAGAGCAAAGCUGGGUGGCAGAACUCAAUCAGACACAACCUGUCACUGAAUGACUGUUUUAAGAAAGUUGCCCGGGAUGACGAUGACCCUGGGAAGGGAAACUACUGGACAUUGGACCCAAACUGUGAGAAAAUGUUCGAUAACGGCAACUUCAGAAGGAAGAGAAAGAGGCGAGCUGACUUGAACGGAGGAGACACCAACAACACUGUUCUUCCGGUGAAGUCAGAAGACACAGCCGCCCUGAAGCUCUCCGACACGGCCAGCAUCAUGAGUUCAUCCCCUCCCAGCCUCCAGAACUCCCCUGGCUCCGCCGAGCCCAAAUCAUCCCCAUCCCCGUCUGUGGAACACAGUCCUUGUUACAACAACUUUGUCUCCACUAUGAACUCGAUGCUGGCGGGGAGCAACAACGGCUCUAUCCGGGGGGGCAGGGGAGACUUUGGUUCAGGAGGACAUGUUAUGGGGGAUUUGUCGCCUCAUCAGACCCGAGAGAACAUGUCCGGACUUGGUGCAUACUCGCCCUCUCAGAUCACGCCACUGAACUCUGAUACCACUCACCUCUCCACAGCCAAUAGAAUGAACUACUACACAUCAGCACAGAACAGUCACAGCGGAGGCAUGGGCCUCACCAACUCUCCCUCAAACCACUUCAGUGUUAAUCAUUUGUUGUACAGCCGCGAAGGAACCGAGGUGUAGGCUAUACGCCUAGUCAUCAUUAUGUCAGAUGUAUGUAGAUAAUGUUGUACAACUCGUUGGCAUACUUGUAUAAAGUACUCAGUGAGUACAUCAAGUACCGUGAUUGUUAUUCACGUUAUACAUUCCAUAAUAAGAACGUGUAAUGGCAAUGUCAUAAAUAUGCUUUCUCGUGAUUUUUUGUGGGUCGAAACUACGUCCGACCUAGCAUUUAAGAACAUAAUUGAGACCAACUUUUUAUGCACAAAGUGGUGCCCCUGGAAUGGUCUUGCCUUGGAAUAAACAUUUACCGUACCUUCCGUUUCCUUUAUAUAGACCUUAUGUAGCUGCAUGAUGACCUCACUGUGCCUUUCAGAAGAGCGUGUAUUUUUAUAGAACACACUCCUUCUGCAGAUAUAUGUUUUAUGUGUAGCCUAAAUAGUAGCCCUCUUUGCAGACCACUUUGUGUAUUUUUGUAGAAGGAAUUGUGUGUAUAAUUUUAUUUAAGCCCAUUGUCAACAUUUGAAUAAAUCUAAUAUCUGAAAUCCUUGAUUGUCUCACAUUUA